AUGAAGCAAUAUUUGAACUAUUACAAGAUGAGGCUGAGAACAUCGAGGUUAGGCUAUCUGUUACUUCAGUUCACGGCGCUUUGCUUUUACGCACAGAACACCGUGCAGUCCCCUCCUAAUUUCAAGCACCAUGUCACCGAGCAGAGCCGGCUGUCGGACCGCAUGAGCCGCAGGUUGACGCGAAACUAUCAGCUGUACAGCCGGACCAGCGGGAAACACGUCCAGGUCCUGGCCAACAAGAGGGUCAACGCCAACGGGGACGACGGGGCGGUGCACGCUAAACUGGAGGUGGAGACGGACUCUUUUGGAAGUCGUGUUCGCAUUAAAGGGGUGAAGACGGGAUACUACAUAUGUAUGAACAAACGGGGGAAGCUGAUCGGCAAGCGGAAAGGACGAGGCAAAGACUGCAUCUUCACCGAGAUCGUUCUGGAAAACAACUACACGGCGCUGCAGAACGCCAAGUACGAGGGCUGGUACAUGGCUUUCACACGCAAGGGCCGUCCGAGGAAGGCCUCCAAGACCAAGCAGCACCAGAGGGAGGCCCACUUCAUGAAGCGUCUACCCAGGGGGCACUUACUGAGCGAGAGGAGACCGUUUGAUGUCCUUCCUCUGCGUGUCCCUGCGCACCCUUUGAGCAAGCGGACUAAACAUUCCCAUCACCAGCGCUCGGGGGGCCGCUGA